AUGGCGACCCGAAACAACAUCGUCCUGGCACUGGCCUCCCUCGGUGCUAUCCAGCCCUCCUCGGCAGAGACCAUCCUGGGGGCAUACAUUUUCCACCGCCACGGUGAUCGUACCGCAAAGAGCACUCCUCCAGCAUCUCUGACGGACUUGGGAUAUUCCGAGGUACAUGCUCAUGGAUCGUACUACAACUCCCGCUAUGUCGCCAAUUCCUCAGAAGCCCACAUCUUGGGUCUGGGUAGCGAGGUUGUCAAGCUCUCUCAGCUGGCGGUUUCUUCUCCAUCAGACAAUGUCCUCCAGAACUCUGCCGCUGGCUGGCUACAAGGUCUCUACCCACCAGUGGGUGGUGCCGCAAACCAAACCCUUCGUAACGGUACUGUUGUCGAGCCCCCAUUGAAUGGAUAUCAAUUGAUCCCAGUCUCCAUAACGAGCACUGGCAGUGGAAGCGAGAGUUCGCAAUGGCUACAGGGAUCGACAGACUGCCAGAAUGCCGAGGUCAGCAGCAACAACUUCUUCAACUCUGACAUCUUCAAAUCCUACCAGUCCUCGAGUUUGGACUUGUAUCAGAGUCUCUCACCGGCAGUCAAUGCAACCUUUACCGAGGACGAGCUGAACUUCAAGAAUGCAUACACAAUUUGGGAUCUGCUUAACGUCGCUUUGAUCCACAACUCGACGGACUCCAACGCAGCCUUGGCCAAUGUUAACACCAGCACGAUACACGAGCUAUUCCUGCUCGCCAACGUUCACGAGUGGAACCUUGCCUACAACUCUUCCGACACUGUUCGCGCUAUUUCUGGUGCUGUGCUUGCUGGUCAGGCUCUUGAGGCGCUCAACGAAACCAUCACCAGUAACGGUAAAUCCAAACUGAACGUCCAGUUUGGGGCCUAUGCCACUUUCUUGUCCUACUUUGGUCUUGCCGGCGUUGCGUCUGGCAACCCAGACUUCACUGGUAUUCCGGACUAUGCGUCUAGUGUAGCUUGGGAAUUGGUCACCAAUGCGACUGUUUCUUCCGAUGGCGCUUUCCCUCCAACCUCGGAUAUCAGUGUGCGUUUCUUGUUCAACAACGGCACCUCUUCCUCUUCAUACGACCUCACUGCCUAUCCUUUGUUUGGUGGCUCGAGCCUCGAGGUCCCCUGGGAUGAUUUCGUCACCCAGACCCAGAAAUUCGCCGUCACGGGCCAGGAGCAAUGGUGCAGCGUUUGUGGCAACACUGAUAGUUCGUGUGCCAGCAACUCUACCUCGUCUGGAUCCUCGACCACGACAGGAACCACCAACUCAAAGGGAUCCGGUAUCUCCAAUGUCGUUGCCGGUGUUAUCGGUGCCAUGGUUACACUGGGUGUUGUUUUGGGUCUGGAAGCUCUCGUCUUGCUCGCCAGCGGCUUGAGACUGGUCAGGAAAAAGACUCUUGCUGCUGCUGCUGCCGCUGGAGCCACUUCUUCGACGAGCGCUGAAAAUGUCGGUGCUGAAAAGUAA